AUGAAGAAAUCCCUCAAUCCGUUUGAUGAAGAUGAGCCUGGGGGUCUUUCUUCUUCCUCUAAACCACCAAAUUGGCAAUACGCAGGGACUGCAUCACCCGGGAGAAGCGAAUUGCAAUGUCAAAUUUCAGGUAGUCAGUCAAGAACAAAAGCUAGCCAACAACGUGCAUUAUCCAGUAUAUACAAUUCAGAACAAAUUGGUGUUGCUGCAGCCCAAGAACUUAUUGAACAAGGAGAAAAAUUAAAUCGUGCUGAACAGAAACUUGAAGAAAUUAGUGAAUUACAAAAAGACAGUCAAAAGAAAAUUAAUACUUUAUCUAGUGUUUUCGGUGGAUUUAAAAACAUUUUUUCUCGAAGACAAUCACAACCUGUUCCUCAAAGCUCCUCCGUGAUGGACAAGACGUUGAAUAAUAGAAACCAAAGUAAUCUGAGACAAUCAAUUCAGUGUGAAAAUUCAUGGGGCAAUCAGUACACAAGUACAUUGCAACAAAAAGCGAUUGAACCCAACAACACCUUGAAAUCUGCAGAUGCUGAGUUUGAAAACAAUUUAGCUUUGAUGGGCGAUGGCAUGUCUCGAUUAAAAAGUUUAGCUCAAGGUAUGCAUAAUGAAUUAAGAAAUCAAAAUGAUCAACUUGAUCGAAUGGCACCGCAAAUUCACCGAGUCACUGAUACUAUGUCAAAUCAAAAUCGUCAAAUGAACAAAUUAUUAGGAAUCCGACCAAAAUAA